AUGGCUCCUGUAUUUCUAGACUCCACUACACUUGACGAUCGGAUCAACGGAGUACCAAAGCCAAGCAAAUCCCAGCCCGAGGUCGAAUUAGUCCUCAAUGAGCGCUGCGAAACUCUUUUAUUCUUGAUUGAGGCACUUGAUGCCCCAUCUACCAUCAAGAAUGAGAACCCUGAUGUUCAGAUUCAGCGAAUACUCCAUCUGGCAUGGGUCAUCACUGUCCGUGCAUUUGUCUCGUCUACAACACUCUACGUGGGACAACACUAUCCUGAGGACCGGUGCUUCAUAGGGGCGACAAAGGAUCCCACAGGAGUCACCUCGCAAAUUCAUGUUGAUACCUACAAAACCGUAAAGGAUCUGUUCACACAGAUUAUCAACAACUUGAGCACGACAUCAUCCGAGAUUCGACUCGAUAGCUUGUCUGAGACAGUGGAAACUCGUGGGUUGUAUGAUACUCGCAUUAUCUACCAACGGAAACCAUUCUCUGGGUCUGAGAAUGAUCGUACAGCCCGCAUGGCUCGAUCCCAGACUUGCUGUCCAUAUCUAAUUGACAGCGUGUUGCCUGCGUCGGGGCUCCAACUGUACAUUCGACGCACUGCCAGCAAUUAUCUCUCUGUUCGACUUGAUGGGGGUAUCGCUUCCAAAGAUUCAUCAUUGGCAACUAGUCUGCUACAUAGCUUCGACACGGCACUUUCAUCAAUUGCCUCCCAACCAAACCAGUCUAUUAGCACGGUGGACCUGUGCUCGACGCACGAUCGCGAGCAUAUUCGCAAUUUUACUCGCUCACUAUCACCACCACAAGAUGCGCUUCUACAUGAUCUGUGCUUGCGACACGCAACAACAACCCCUAAUGCGUUUGCCGUUCGCUCCUGGGAUGGUGACCUUACCUAUCUCCAACUCCAUGAUUACGUCUGUCAACUUGCUCACUGGCUAGUUGCGCAGGGCGUGACUCCCGGUGUCUUUGUCGCUUGUACAUUCUACAAGUCAACAUGGGCAAUCGUGGCCCGUCUGGCAAUUCUCAUGGCCGGAGGUGCUUACCUUUGCGUGGAUGCCUGUGAUCCACCACCAUACUUGAAGUCCGUCUUGGACAGAACUCGGAUUCGAAUUAUGCUGGCCUCCACUGGAUUUGCUCAACAAUAUGCAGAUCAAGUGGAUGUUCUUUUGAAGUCCCCCGUCAUGCCAAGUGAUCCCUGUGUUGUGCUUUUCACGUCUGGUAGUACCGGCAGCCCUAAGGGAAUCAUUCAAGAGCAUAGGAGCUAUGCAUCUGCCCUGACCGAUUACAUUCGUGUUAUGGGUAUGGGACCACACUCUCGACUUUUUCAGUUUGACGCAUAUGCGUUUGAUAUAAGCAAUAAUGAUCUUCUUGCACCUCUUAUCGCCGGUGGCUGUUGCUUUGUACCCACAAGAUCGCUCACGAUUGAGGCAUUCAUGAGCGACUUGAACGAUCUCGAGGCUAAUAUCAUGUUCGUAACGCCUUCAGUGGCCGUGGAAAUGGAUCCCGAGCGUGUCCCAACACUUCAAACAAUGUGCAUUGGCGGAGAGCCUCUGUCGGAUUCUGUUCUCAAAAAGUGGUUGGGUCGUGUCCGUGUGAUCAAUCAGUACGGGAUGGGUGAAGUCGCAUCUCUUUGUGCUUACAACUCUAAUCUUCAGCUUGGCCGUGGAGCUGCAGUUGGACGCCCUGCUAGUGGUUCUAUCUGGAUUGUGAGCCCUGACACUCCUGACCGACUCAUGCCCAUUGGUGCCGUGGGAGAGCUUCUGAUCGAAGGGCCUCAUAUCGCUCGGGGGUAUCUCGAUCAUGUAUCGGGUAAAUCAGAAAGCUUUCUCAGUACACCUCCAUCCUGGAUGAAACAUGUACAUCCUGAUCGACCGUCACACCGGCUUUAUCGCUCUGGAGACCUGGGACGGUAUAACCACGAUGGGACUAUCGAACUCAUCGGACGAAAAGAUUCUAUGCUCAAGCUUGACGGGGCGAGAGUAGAAGCUGGUCAAGUUGAAUUCGUCAUCCGCAAGCACCUAUCCGCAGGGGAUAUUGCAUUGGUGGAUAUUCUAGGCACCGCAGAUGGAGUCAGCGAACGCAUAUUGGCCGUCUAUCUUUACCUGUCCAGUAACCCGAUGAAUUUUGAAUCCGGAUCCGUGGAAGAAAUGGAAUUUCGGCCAAUCAUGCAACGUCGUUCCGUCUCUUGUCUUACACAGACUAUAAGUAAUGACGUCCGAGAGAACCUUCCCCGAUAUUAUGUCCCCAGUUUGUUCCUGCUCAUUGACCGUGUGCCGCGUACUAAAUCAAAAAAGACUGAUCGGCGCAAACUGCAAAUGCUAGGACAAGCUUAUUAUAUGGCUCAUCGAGAGGAGUUGAAAGACAUUAUUGUCUGGCCUGGAUGGGGUUGA